AUGCCGUGGGGCUUCCGUGCCGCGGCUCCUCGGGCUCCGUCUGAGGAGUUCUGGUCUCUGCCCCUUCCGCAGCUGCUUCUGGGGCGACCCACAGAGACCCCCGCCUGCAGCCGCCCUUCGCCACGAGGGGCCAGAAGCCUGCAGAGCGAAACUUUUCUGCAGGACGUUCGGUCUGGGACCGGGAAGCUGGACGCCUUCUUGCCAUUUCCCAAAAGCCUUCCUCGCCCCCACCGCUGCCCCGUCCUCCCGCCCAGGGCUGGAGAUGGACGGUGGGCACACAGUUCUGCCCGGCGCCCGCGCCACCGUGUGCCCCCCAGCUCCCACCGUGCCAAGCAGCUGCAGCCGUGCCUGUGUUGGAAAACACUGGGUGACCACGGGGCGAAGACCCCACGGCACCACGGCUCGUCCCAGUCAGGAAAACACAAAAGAAGGCGACACCCAACCACGGCCGUGCCGUCGCCCCGUCCCCACGGCUGCUCGGGUCUGCGCCAAACCCUGCUUCCAGCACGGAGCAGCGCCACCUCCUCAGUGCCCGUCUCCUCCGCAGCUUUAUCUUCCCAUCUCAGUGCCCAGCCCUUCUAUUCCUCCUCCCAUCCCAUUUCCCAUCCCUUCUAUUCCUCCUCCCAUCUCAGUUCCCAUCCCUUCUAUUCCUCCUCCCAUCUCAGUUCCCAUCCCUUCUAUUCCUCCUCCCAUCUCAGUUCCCAUCCCUUCUAUUCCUCCUCCUCCCAUCUCAGUUCCCAUCCCUUCUAUUCUCCUCCCAUCUCAGUUCCCAUCCCUUCUAUUCCUCCUUCCAUCCCAUUUCCCAUCCCUUCUACUCCCUCCCAUCUCAUUGCCCGUCCUUUCCUCUCCCUCCCAUCUCCUUGCCCACCCCCUCCAUGGCCGGAUGCACACGGAGCUCCACCAUCGUGGGCUCAGGCCUUUGGGGACGGCCCCGCACGGCUCCCCACAGCAGUGAGCGCGGAUCGGCCCCGGCAGUGGUCGCAUCCCCCCCUCAUUUCUGCUCCCACCCAGACAGAAGCUCACCGUUUCAGCUCCAGCAGCUGCUGCUACUUAACCUUUAUUUUCGUUGGGUUUUUUUCUCUCAGCUGAAGCAAAGAGGGUUUUUUUGCCCCGUGUAGAUAGCUCUUUUCUGACCUUAGAUCUGAUGGCAUUGGCAUCAUCCACCCCGAGCAUCCCGGACCCAGUGAGACGCUUCGCUUUGACAAGCCAUUCAGGAGGAGGCCGAGCGCGCGGCGCCCGCUGCCCUCACUGUGAUGCUCAUGGCUUCUCGACAUUGGGUUCCUUCUGUACAAAGGGAGACACUUCACUUCUUGGGGUUUUUGGUUUUUUGAUUAUUUUUUUUUUCUGGCUUCGAAGGGAAUUUUUAAGAAAAAAACAAAGCAAACAAACACAAAAAAAAAAGUUGUUGGUAUUUUUCCUUUGUCCAAACCAAAACCCAUCGAUCCUCAUUUCUUCAUAACCCCCCCCCCCCCUCUGUAACUCUGACGUUAGGAACAAAAGGAACCAAAACCCAACGCACUUUGUGGCUGAUGGCCGUGGGCAGCCAAAGCCAUUAUGACUUGUGGCUGAUGGCCAUGGUCAACCAAAGCCAAUGAGUUUUGCUGCUGAUGGCCAUGGGCACCAAACCCGUUGUGCUUUGUGGUUGAUGGCCAUGGGCAGCCAAAGCCAUCGUGCUUUGUUGCUGAUGGCCAUAGGCAACCAAAUCCAUUAUGCUUUGUGUCUGAUGGCCAUGGG